UGUAUUCACCAAGAGUCGUUUAUAUUUAAUAUUUGCAAAUUGGUUGGGUUGGAUUGAUACAGUGCAACUAUAUAUAUUUUCAUGAAAAUAUUAUAAAUGAAAGGAACCAAAUCACAGUUUGGACACACCACAUAUAUUAAGUGUUUUGGAAAUUUUCUCUGUUGUUAUGAAUAUGGAGUUGGAGGGUGGAAAUAUGGUGGAAAUGGAAGGGGAUGAGUUGAUGGAAGCUCAUGGUCAAAUAUGUAAACACAUCUUCAACUUCAUAAAUUCCAUGUCUCUCAAAUGUGCAAUUCAACUUGGAAUUCCAGACGCCAUCCAUAGCCAUGGCCCCAGCCCUUUGCCCCUCUCUCGUCUUGUUUCAUCUCUCCAACUUCAUCCUAAUAAAACCCAAUUCAUAUAUCGUUUGAUGCGUUUAUUGACUCACUCUGGCUUCUUUGUUCUACAAGAAGAAGGAUAUGUUCUGACCACUUCAUCUCACCUUCUUCUUAAAGACAAUUCUUGCACCCUAUCGCCUUUCCUACUUUCCAUGCUCCAACCCGUCUUUGUAGAGCCAUCGCACUUUCUCUCAGCCUGGUUCCGAACUGACGACCAGACACCAUUUGAGACUGCUCACGGGAAAUCGUUCUGGGAGUUCGUGGGGAAUAAGCGGAAAGAUGGUGAUACUUUUAAUGCAGGAAUGGCUAGUGAUGCGAGGUUGGUGAUGAGUGUGUUAAUGGGAAAACAUACCAGUGUCUUUGAAGGAGUUGAAUCGUUGGUUGAUGUUGGUGGUGGGACUGGAACUAUGGCCAAAGCCAUUGCAAAGGCUUUUCCACAAAUUGAAUGCACUGUGCUUGAUCUUCCCCAAGUUGUGGCUGAAUUGAAACCGGAUAUACCAAAUUUUAAAUACGUUGAAGGGGAUAUGUUUGAUGCUAUUCCUCCGGCUGAUGCCCUUCUAUUGAAGUGGAUAUUACAUGAUUGGAGUGAUGAAGAAUGUGUAAAGAUUUUGAAGAAGUGCAAAGAAGCAAUCGGAAGCAAUGGUUGCAAAUAUACUGACCAAGCCACUAUCUGCACAUUCUUUCAUUCCACUUCGAGUGAAACUAGGUGUUACACAUGCUGCAGACUUUGGCUUGAGGGGGAUAUUAAGGCUACUCACUAAGAAAACCCAUAAAACUGUUAUUAAACAGUUUAAUUUGAAAAAUGUUAUUAAAUAGUUUACUUAUUUCAUUUUUAGUUUAGUUGUCAUACAUUUGUUUCUCUCAUCUACUCUACGUUUUCCAAUAUAAAAGGAAAUGCAUUAUAUCUAAAUAAUUUAGUUAGAAAAAAGACAUUCAAAACCCUCCACUUUCUAGAUUUUCUGUUGGUGGUGUGUGUCCAGCCAAUUGUGAUAUGGAUUUCUUCCACUUAUAUAUAAA